AUGAAAUAAGGCUUAAGUGUCGGAAAGUUGCUCGGAACAGCUAGGCCACGUCAGUAUAGUAAUGCUAAGCCAAAACAGCCGACUAGUAAUGUUCUGUUGCUCAUGUUAGCUAUUGACAAACUGUUCAACCGAUUAGCUAGUAGGGUUCGUUGCGCGGUAGAUGGUGUGGCAUAGUUUUCGCAUCCUUACGACUUCCUGUGAGUUCUAACAGAGAGUGAUAUCGUCGGUGUAUUUGUAAGAUCGUUGUAAUAAGUGACGUUCCAUUACGAGCGAGCUAAUAACGUUCAACGACAAACCGCAAAAUGACACAGGGUGGAGCAGCUAAGAGCACAAACCUUAUCGAGGUUUUGGGCCGUUUCUUCAAUGAGUAUAAGACGAGCACGUCGCGUCGACUCAAACUCAUUGACGCCUAUCUUUGCUACGUGUUCCUGACCGGCGUCGUGCAGUUCGCCUACUGCUGCCUGGUUGGCACGUUCCCGUUCAACUCAUUCCUGUCCGGCUUCAUCAGCUGUGUUGCCUCAUUUGUGCUCGGAGUGUGUCUUCGGCUGCAGUCGAACCCAGCAAACAAGAAUGAGUUUUUAGGUCUAUCGACACAACGCGCGUUUGGCGAUUUUAUUUUUGCCCACGUUGUCCUGCAUCUAGUCGUCAUGAACUUCAUUGGUUAAGUAACCAACCAAAUGUUUGAUCCUGUGGACUAUCCUCUUUUCUACGAUUUUUCACUGAAAUACACCAUGAUCUGCUGGGGGAUUACUGAGUAGCAUUUUUCAGCAUCUCCCAUAUUUUCUUAUCUUCACGUAAUCCCAAAGUGUAAUUAUAAAAAUAAUUGUACAUGAACAUGAAUGGUAUGCUAUAGAUAUAUUAAUAAAGUGAAAAAGGAAGCUAUGAAUAGAAAGCAACGUGAA